CGUUGAGUCCGGUUUGGGUCGUGCCCGCAACAAUUCGUUUCUUUUUCUACCCAACAACGCUGUUCCAGGGUGAAAAUGGAAAAAGUUUGAUCCACUCGACCCGCGAAUGCACUGUGACUGAAAUCAAUUUUUUUUUCCGUUCACUCCCGGAAUAUUGUGUUAAAAUGUUAAUCGGAAACUCAAUCAGAAGAUGGUUAUUGCUCAGUUUACCCACGUUAAUUGUGUUUGGUACUUUGAUAAUCGCAGCGGAGGAUGAAAAUUUUCAGAUGAUAAAUCUAUUUGAAGAGCUGGAAAAAAAUGAAAAUUACUCCCGCGUCAGUUGGUACGUGGCCAGUGAACGCAGUUCCGUCGAGUGUGGUGGGGUUUUUAAAAGACUGCAAAGUGAAAUAUUAUCGCCAGGAUAUCCGGGAAGCUAUGGUGACAAUCUAUAUUGUGAAUACACUUUCAAGUCUCCGUUUGUGUGCAGCAGUCAGUAUCACUUUCAGUUCUUGGAUUUUGGGCUGGAACCGUCGAGGAAUUGCUACAAAGAUCGAUUUGUCGUUGGUGAUGAUGAGGUUCUUUGUGGUUCGGUGAUCGGUUCGAAAAAGUACAACUCGACUAAUGGAAUUUUGAAGGUUAAGUUUGUAACUGAUGGUUGGGGUCAUGAUAGAGGAUUUCGAAUUGUCGUUACCAGACAACCAUGCGAUGAAACUGUUGAAUCGUCUACCGCUUACACGGUUUAUACCACUAUACAGGUGGCAGAAGAAACUACAAUGCCAAAUAUCAGCCUAGACGACGGUAUUUCGCCACCCCAAAACACUUUCGCUGUUAGCAAUCGGCAGGACAUUCCUCCGGAGUUUAAUCCUGGAAACAAUGGUUACUUACCACCUGUAACAACAAGACCACCUUCCUAUCCUGGAAAUCAAUGUCUUCCGCCUUGUUACUUCUUUCCUAGUUGUUACCCUCAAUACCCUGGGCCUGGUGGUGGGCAACAACCAAUCAAUCCAUCAUUCCCCAACUACCCAUCUUAUCCAAAUUACCCAUCGAUUCCCAGCUACCCGGUAAACCCAACCUACCCCUCGUUCCCAGGCUCUGUUGCACCUCCAACCAACCCAAGCUACCCUUACCCGAUCUAUCCAACUUAUCCUAACACGCCAACCUUUCCCAACCCAAACUAUCCAAAUUAUCCCACCCAAAGUGGAGAAGGAACCAAUUCGAUCGGAGGAACUCCUCCUGGCCACCAAUCCUAUCCCGAGCACGAGCUAGCCGAAAACGCAACCAAUUCCGCCGAUCAACCGCAGCAUCAGUGGAAUCUGCCCCCGCAACCCGUGUUACCCGUGCCACCUCGCUGCUGUCGUAACGUCUACAACCAGAAACGCUUCUAUCUGGUCAGUCCCAACUUCCCCUCCGAUCACACCGUCAACAGAGACUGUUUCUACGAAAUCCAUCGCUACUCACCCAACACAUGCCGACUGAUAAUAUCCUUCAAAUUCUUCCUACUGGGAGACGAACGGUCCGGAUGUGGUGACGCCUUUCUGGAGCUCGACGGUCGUCGGAUUUGCGGAUGUCGAACCGGUAUGGUCUACACCAGUCAGUGGGGUAACUUCCCGAAAAUGAUUCGGGUUCACAGUAGAAGCAAUCGAUUUACGAACGUGCAAGGUUACGUGUUGGAUAUCUACCAGGAGGCGUGUCCCUAUCGGUACGUUCGCAGUAAGCAACCGGUGGCACAGGAUCGGAUCGGUUACAUAGGAAGCGUGCAGCAGCUGGCACCGGUUAACGUUACUACAGUCUUAACAAAUUCGAGCUCGCUGUACACGUACUAUUAUUACAACAUGGAUCAGCAACAACAACCUCAGGCAGAGCAAACACGGUUGGCGCCUACGGUGCUCUACCGACCGAUUUCGAGAUUUUACUAUGCGAAUAAUGUUAAUUCCUACCGAUCCUGUUCGUUUAGUGGUCUCGAUUGGCUUCGGCUAAAAGUGGAAUCGCUGUGGAUCGCGAAACCUGGAUCCUAUCCUGGAAAUCAAUGUCUUCCGCCUUGUUACUUCUUUCCUAGUUGUUACCCUCAAUAUCCUGGGCCUGGUGGUGGGCAGCAACCAAUCAAUCCAUCAUUCCCCAACUACCCAUCUUAUCCAAAUUACCCAUCGAUUCCCAGCUACCCGGUAAAUCCAACCUACCCCUCGUUCCCAGGCUCUGUUGCACCUCCAACCAACCCAAGCUACCCUUACCCGAUCUAUCCAACUUAUCCUAACACGCCAACCUUUCCCAACCCAAACUAUCCAAAUUAUCCCACCCAAAGUGGAGAAGGAACCAAUUCGAUCGGAGGAACUCCUCCUGGCCACCAAUCCUAUCCCGAGCACGAGCUAGCCGAAAACGCAACCAAUUCCGCCGAUCAACCGCAGCAUCAGUGGAAUCUGCCCCCACAACCCGUGUUACCCGUGCCACCUCGCUGCUGUCGUAACGUCUACAACCAGAAACGCUUCUAUCUGGUCAGUCCCAACUUCCCCUCCGAUCACACCGUCAACAGAGACUGUUUCUACGAAAUCCAUCGCUACUCACCCAACACAUGCCGACUGAUAAUAUCCUUCAAAUUCUUCCUACUGGGAGACGAACGGUCCGGAUGUGGUGACGCCUUUCUGGAGCUCGACGGUCGUCGGAUUUGCGGAUGUCGAACCGGUAUGGUCUACACCAGUCAGUGGGGUAACUUCCCGAAAAUGAUUCGGGUUCACAGUAGAAGCAAUCGAUUUACGAACGUGCAAGGUUACGUGUUGGAUAUCUACCAGGAGGCGUGUCCCUAUCGGUACGUUCGCAGUCAGCAACCGGUGGCACAGGAUCGGAUCGGUUACAUUGGAAGCGUGCAGCAGCUGGCACCGGUUAACGUUACUACAGUCCUAACAAAUUCGAGCUCGCUGUACACGUACUAUUAUUACGACAUGGAUCAGCAACAACAACCUCAGGCAGAGCAAACACGGUUGGCGCCUACGGUGCUCUACCGACCGAUUUCGAGAUUUUACUAUGCGAAUAAUGUUAAUUCCUACCGAUCCUGUUCGUUUAGUGGUCUCGAUUGGCUUCGGCUAAAAGUGGAAUCGCUGUGGAUCGCGAAACCUGGAUGUUAUUAAAUAAACUUAAAGUAGAGCGUAAGCCAAAAUUAUGGAUUACA